AUGGCGAACUUCAUCAUGCCGAAGAUCACUUUCCGCAACUGGGACCACGAUGAGCCUUUCGAGGUGGAAUGCUGGUUCGACGCUGGUUCAUCCGAGAAGUGUCAUGGAUGCAAAGAAACUGACAGCAAAUGUGAUUCGAUCCCCCAGGGUAUUCGGGGCCAUGUUCUUGAGCUUAUGGCCUUGAUCGAAUUCGUGAAAAAACACUGGCCUGAUACAGAUGAUGUCUCUGACAACGAAUUACCAAAGUGGCAUGAAGAUCUCGGGGAGGACCUUUUCGGCGCGGUCAGUGACCUCUGUGCUGCUUUUGAUGACCUGGUCGAGACACAUCGCAAGGCUCAUAUGCUGACAGGCAAUGCCUCUGACGACGCUAUGGCUGCCUAUUCUGCUUGGUGCAAUGCUAGAGAGCAUACGAUUCGCCCCAUUACCCAGUAUACCAACAAGCUGCGUCAUUAG